UCUAAUGAAAUGUCUUGUGGCUAAAUGCACCUACUUCAGCCUCACUGCAGUAAAAAAAAAAAGAAGAUUUUUGUUCAUGAAUAUGUCCACAUGUCAGGGUAUGACAGGCGAAGAAGAAGGCGUCUAAUCCGACUGAAGUGAUGAGACACUUGUUUGUCAGUUGUUGUUACUGUGCUUUAAGUUCUAGCUUGUGUUUGAUAAUUCUUUAUUCCUAAUUGUUGAUUAUGAUGAUGCCACAUGUUUGUCUCAUCUGUCAUGUCUCAAACCACUCAGCUCAAUAUUCGCACUCUGCAAUAAAGAAUCAGCAUUAUCCUUUAUUUCUUCUGCUUGUUGUGUGGCACACCAUAGCAUUUUAAAGCUAAAAAACGCAUUUUAUAUCCUUUACUGUAACUUUAUUUUCUUUUAUUUAAUUUCUGACACAUGCUCUGCUGACAUAUUGUCUGUAAUAUUUUCUAUUUGCUGUCCUGGUUGGUUUAUUGAAUCUGAGUUGUAGGAGCAAGGGUUACAUAAACAAAAGAGAAAAUGAUGAGCGCUGACGUAAGGCUUGCACUUUCAUUUUUUACCCAGUUGUAGACUGAGUGGCACAUAUCUACACACCUGUCUACAGUGUAACUACUCAGAUCUCUGCACACCUGCCAUCAACUGUCUAUAAGACUCCACUAUGAACCCUCGGCUAACGGUGAACCAGCAGAGAAUGAUCUGUUCUCAGCUGGGAAGGGUCAAACUACAGCUGCUGUACAAGGCCAGCGUCCAUGGAUACACCAGUGCAGCCUUCCACCAACGAUGUGACAACUGCUCUCUCACUGUGUCUGUGGGCUAUAAUGCCUCUGGAUUUGUGUUUGGAGGAUACACCCAACAACCUUUUUCUAAGUCUGGACAGUUUGUCCGUGAUGACCAGGCCUUUCUUUUCACUUUCAGUGGUGAAAUGUUCCUCAAAUAUCCAGUCACUCAACCUGUAUAUGCAGUGAAAAUGAUGAGUAACUCUGGUCCUUACUUUGGAGAAGAUUUGGCUCUAUCCAAUGGAAACAAAGCUACAGUUUACAGCAAUCCAGGAAAUUACUACAACUUUAAUGCUGCAGAAAUGCAUGGAAAUGACCUGAAUCUGACUGAGUGUGAAGUCUACCAGGUGGAGGAAACCACUGAACUUGAGCGUCCAUGGAGGACUAUAAUCUGGGAAUCUAAGAAGAGGAUAGAGCUGAUGGAGAGCAUUAAAACCUACAAACCCACUGUAAGCUCCAUGUCCCAGGUUCGGGUUUUGCUCGUUGGACCAGUUGGAGCUGGAAAGUCCAGCUUCUUUAACUCUGUCAGCUCUGUAUUCAGAGGUCGUGUCAGCAGCCAGGCCAUGUGUGGCAGCUCUGACACCAGCCUCACUACACAGUUUCGCACCUACUCUCUGAAAGAUGGACGGGAAGGCAAACCUCUGCCAGUUAUCUUAUGCGAUACCAUGGGACUGGAGGAACGCAGUGGAGCAGGCCUUGAUAUAGAUGACAUCAGCAGUAUUGUUAAAGGUCAUCUGCCAGACCGUUAUCAGUUCAACCCCUCUGCUGCGGUGCAUUCGGAGGCCUAUGGCUAUAUCAAGUCUCCAGAGCUCAAGGACAAGAUCCACUGUGUAGCUUACGUACUGGAUUCCUGCAAGGUCUCCAUCAUGCCUGAAAAGCUGGAGGAGAAGCUGAAUGCAAUCCGCAGAAAAAUCAACUCAAUGGGGAUUCCUCAGCUGGUCUUGUUCACUAAAGUGGAUGAAGCCUGCCCUCUGGUGAAGGAGGAUGUGAGGAACAUCUAUAAGAGUGGAUACAUUAAGGAGUUGAUGCAGGAGGUCAGCGGUUGUCUUGGUGUGCCACUGUCCUCUGUGGUUCCAGUCAAGAACUACAGUGAAGAGUUUGAGUUGGACGUGAACUGUGACAUCCUGCUCCUCAGCGCCGUCAUUCAGAUGCUUCGCUCAAUUGAUGACUACUUUGAUGACUUCAGUGACCAACUGAGCAGUGUUGAAACCAAACUUGUCUGAUGAAAUGUCUUGUGGCUAAAUGCAGAAAAAAAUUAGAAGAUAUUUGUUCAUGAAUAUGUCCACAUAUCAGGGUAUGACAGGUGAAGAAGAAGGCGUCUAAUCCGACUGAAGUGAUGAGAUACUUGUUUGUCAGUUGUUGUUACUGUGCUUUAAGUUCUAGCUUGUGUUUGAUAAUUUUUUAUUCCUAAUUGUUGAUUAUGAUGAUGCCAUAUGUUUAUCUCAUGCAUCAAGUCUCAAACCACUCAGCUCAAUAUUCACACUCUGCAAUAAAGAAUCAGCGGCA